AUGUCGACUCAUCUCCUCCCGCACUCUCCUCAGCCCUCACCGGCAAAGAAGCUCCGCCCUUGCCUCUCGCCGACGCGCCGCGCCGAGGACCUCGUCCUGUUCCGCCCAGUAUCCGCCAUGUCUGAUUCGAGCACCUGCACUGUCGACUCGAACGGCGAGUGGGUUGAGCGCAAGUCCAAGUCGGUUCGCUUCAUCGACUCUGAGGAUGGCUCCUCUGUCACUGAGUACUUUGACACGUACGCCAUUGACGAAUAUGACCGCACGCCUCUGGCUCCACCCUCGGAGCAAGAACGCGCUUGCACCAUGCCUUCCCGUGGUUCUCGCUGUCUAUCAUUUGUCGGCCUUCACGAAGAAGAUGCCGACGACGACGACACCACAGACGAAGAAGAAGUCCUCCGCGCUCUCCCCCGCUCCCCUUUCGCCACUCCUGAAGACUCUGAAUCGGAAUGCGAAGAGGGCGGCGACUGGGACGAGUGUUUCGAGCGUCGUCGCAUGAUGUUCGCCCGCAUGUGCCCUCUUGACGGAGAUGCCCACCCGCAGUUCGAGGGCUACCGCUCCCUCUCAGCCACCCUCGUCAACCUUCUCCAGUCUAUCCAGGCUUCCGAGUCAUCAGACGAGGAUGACGCUUCAGCGACCCCACGCUCCUCGUUCCACGAGGGCGAUGACGACGCGACAGCCAGCGAGGGCGACGAUGAGUUUGAGGCUCGUGACCUUCCGUUCCUGCUCUUCUCGCGCUUGCGUGAAUCGAGCACGGACUCUGAUGUCGGCACACCAAGCCUUAUCUCGAGCGCCGAUUCGGACACCGAGUGCUCUGGCCUCAUGAGCCCGCGCGGCUCGGGGGUUGAGUUCCUUCCGUCCAUUCCCCUGCUCCCCGGCAACGACCACGCGCCAUCAGCCGGGAAGGGUGUCUCGACUGUGCGCUACAACGUUGGUCCCAACGAGCAUGCACGUUCGAUCGAGCUCUGA